AUGUCGCAGCGUCCGUCUUCUGCAGUCCCACCUCGUCCAUCAUCGAGCUUGUCGCGCCCGUCUUCGGUAGCAUCCCACCGAACGGCUUCGCGUGUUUCCAACAGACCACUCUCGCGCCUUUCGCAGCGAUCCUCGACACGUCAGACGCGUGCUCUAAUCCAAACAUUAGUCUCUCAAGUCACCGGUCUCACCCCGGACGUAGAUGAUGAAUUUGACGAAGCCUAUGACACCGCUAUCCGUCGAAUAGACAGCCUCGCAAAGCAUGCAGUCUCACCAGAUCUGCAAACUGCCUUACGACGGCUUAGAGGGUUCUCGAAGAAAGCACGCAUACAAUCCAAUGAUGAACUGGCAGACGCUUUUGACAUCGUCGAAAGAAAGCUCCAAGAAGAGAUUCAGAAAAAAAGUGACCUUGAUAAUGAAAUCAGCACGGCGAAACUUUCCGACCAUUUACAGUUGCUUUACCUCCUUGCUUCUCCACCUUCUAGCUCGACGAAUGAGUUUGCUGCCAGGCUCGUUGACGGUGUACAGAGCCCGAGCGCCCCCGCAACCUUAACUUGGGCGGACAUUUUAAAGGAAGAGCCCUUUGAAGGGCAACACUGGCAGGGAGCCUAUGGACUUCCACCAGGUAGCAUUGCUGAACAAUGGGAAGAAGGCAGCACAGACUCAAGCCCGCUAUUAUCUCCUGUCAACGACUCCGAACUAGAUGAACGAGAAGAUCUCUUCAGCACUCUUGAAUAUGACAACUCUACAGAUGCUUCUGAGCGAGUUCUCACGCCUCCGUUAGACGGAAACACCAGACCAACGACUCAGGAUCGCCUUGUAGAGUCUCUUCGAUUACGCCUAGAGCUGGAUGCACUUCAGAAACAACAAUUCUGGAAGAAGUCAUGGAGGACUGAUGCCCAGCUUGACCGGGAAUUUGAUUUGGGCGAGCCAUCAACUCUAGGACCUUCAUUUCACAGGGCAACAGAUAAAAGCCAUUACGUGAAGCCCGAAAAUGAGCGGUAUAUCAACGAGCACGACGCCGUUCGCGAGGUACUCAUUUCCUUACAAGGUCGAACAAGCAUUCUAUUUGAACAAGAAGUUAAUAAGGAUGGUGUUCCUUCUAUGAAGGUAUCUAGAGAUGUUCCGAAACUACUGCACCUCACACCCUCAGCACAGCAAUCGAUUCUAUCCAAAUUCGCCCUCCUCGCUACGACACUCAACAGAUUAAGAAUAUUCUUGGCUGCGGUUGUUCACGAUGUCGUGGAUGCUUCUUCAAAGAACAGCUCAAGGACACUAGAGGCUUUUGCUGAAGCUUUGGAACUUCAGGUUAUUAGUUUUGAAGCAUGCAUGGCUCGGAAGGAAGAGACGAUGCUUCGUGCACAUACACAGACAGGUCGAAGCACUGUUGUGAGCUUGCUGAGUCUCGAGAAAGAUGUCCGGCACGAGUUUUCCGAUAGUUUCGACGAGCUCCUCGGAAUCAUCGAUUCAAUCUUUCUAGAUACGGCAUGGCUAAGUAGAGAUAGGAUACUUAGCCGCGUUAAACUUUCGCCGUCUUCGUUUACAUCGCGAUUAUUGGACUCGCUUUUCGAUUCGAUUCAAAGAAAGGAAUCAUUCGGGGAUACGACAAGUGCGACGCUGCUGAUGCAGGUCUUCUGCAGGACGGCUGAACCUGUCUGGAAAAUGCUUGGCGAUUGGCUUCACAACGGCAUAUUCAUGCCGGAAGUUAGUGAUUCCAUUUCGGCUCAGGAUACCGUACCUCAGGAGUUCUUUAUUGAAUCCAAUGGACUCGAUCUUAUGGACAUCGAUUUCUGGGACUAUGGAUAUAGCCUUCGAUUCUGUUCAUCGGACGAGGACACGUCCUCCGAUUUAACAAGUGUACCGAUCUUUCUCCGGCCCCUCGCAAAUAAGGUAUUGAGCGCAGGAAAAUCCAUUGGUUUACUACGUAUUCUCGGACAUAGCCCCAGUCUUAAUGAGCAAGGGAAGCUUUCAGCCAGAGAAUGGACGUCCUUUGGGGCUUUCAUGCUGAAACUUGUCAGAGGAGAGCACCUUUUUGUCGCAAGUGAGGCGGACAUACAUACUACCAACAUAACCGCAGACAAUGUAUCUCUUUCACUCUCUGACUAUCUCUUGCCCAUCUGCGCUGAUGCGGAAAAGACGCUCAAGGAUCUCCUUUAUACGGAGUGCGAUCUCCUGCGUCACCUUCAUACAACAGAAGAUCUCUUCCUGUCGCGAAAAGGAGACAUCAUUGCUGACUUUUGUGAUGCAUUGUUUACCGCAAUUGAUGCGAAGAAGAUCUGGACAGACUAUCACUUUUUGAAUACAGCAUUUCGUGAGGCGGUCAGUUCUCGUUACUCGCACCAAAUAGACUCGAGCCUCGUACGUCUAUCGUAUAAAUCUAGUAGUAAAGUCGCGCUACUUCGUUCCGUGAAAUGCUUUGAUGGCCUCACCGUCGACUAUGCUGCACCCUUCCCACUGGCUUUCGUCAUCAGCAGCAACGCGUCGCGGGUGUAUAAUGCCGUCUUUGUUCUACUAAUAAAGAUCAGACGUGCAAAGACGUUUCUAGAUAACAUCCUUCUACGGAUCUCCGCGGCAGACACAACACGUUCUCGAGAUGAGCUAAAGACUUUCUAUGUAACUCGAAGCAAGCUAUCGUGGUUUGUGAACAUUUUCUUGGACUUCGUUUGUUCAUACGUCUUGCAUGUCGAGAUUCAACGACUUCAUGCUUCCUUACAAGGAGCUGACUCUCUUGACGAUAUCAUCGGCCUGCACCAAAAACACCUUUCCACAAUCGAAAGACUCUGUUUUCUUGACGAUAAGACGUCAUCCCUUCAGCGUGCAUUAAUAUCAAUAUUCGACAUGUGUAUCUCUUUCAGCGACUGCUUCGUUGCCUUCGCUGGGGAUACAACAUUGAAUACCUCCCGCCUUUCCAUGUCUCGUCCGAACCGUCACAGAAGCCGUCGACAACGCCGAGCAAAACUAGAUAUCGUAUCACACGAACCCAUCUCGUCGUUCCGGGACGAAGAAUCUGAGAGUUCCGAUUCCGAUCUCGACGAGUCGUUGAUUCUCCAGGAAAUCAUGGGAGAUGCGAGUCCGUCAUCUGCAGCGGCUCCAGCAACGUACGAAUCGUUCUAUGCAGGAGAAGAGGACUUCUUUGAUCAUAAUGAGAAGAUAUUGAAGGAUCUUGAUUCGUUGGUUAGGUAUAUGCGUCGAGAGGUCGAGAAGCUUGCGCUGACUUCCAACGGACAUCAAUUUGGUGUACUUGCCUUUUCGUUACAGGAUUGGGAUCUUUGA